CCAACGGGAUUUAUGGUGUAUGUGAAAGAUAAAUGCAUUGUGAUUGAAGAUAUUGAUUUGGAUAUUUACUUCACCAAAGAUUUGUUCGAGGAUGUCAUUCCAAAGCCAAAGAACAGAAUAUAAGUCUUCCUAAGUUUGUUGGUUUUAGAUAACAUCUUCCUUGGAAAGAAAUUCAGAAAGAGACACUAGCUUCUGAUAGAGAUUGGAUUAAGAUGGUUGAGGGGGUAAUUGAUGAUGAUAAAGCUUCAUCUGAAGAUGAAGAAGAAGACUGUGAUUUUACAGUGAGUGAGGAGGAGUGUUUGAGUAGUGAGGCAGUUUCCUUGGAUGAAGAGUCAGAAAUGGAGGAUGAGUUUGAUCUUGAUGCUGACACUGCCCAUAAAAUGAUGCUGGGUAAUGAGGAAGAAAAUGAAGAUGGGAGUGGCAGUCAGUCUAUUCUUGAGAAAAUGGCUAAGGUGUUUAGGACUGGAAGGCUCUGGGUGAGAAGUGCUCAUGGAAAAGUUGAGCUAAAGCAAGGUGACAUAUUUAGUUGCAAAGAAGAUUUUCUUAGGGUCAUGAAGGAUUAUGUUAUUCAAAAGGGAAUUUCUCUUAGAAAAAUAAAAAAUGACAAGAGAAGAUACACUCAAGUAUGUAUGAAUAAGGACUGCAAAUUUAAGAUUCAUGCAUCUGUUCUAGUUGAUGGCCACUCUUGGAUGAUUAAAAGCAUAUGUGAGGAUCAUAUUUGUUCAGUGAAAGAGAACCAUAACAGGACUGGAGCAGCUUGGGUUGCAACUCACCUUCUAGAAGACUUCAGAAAUAAUAAACAGAUGAGUGUAGUUACUGCCCAGAAAAUUAUUUUGAAGAAGUUCAGCACUCGCAUACCUGAUUAUACUUGCUGGAGGGCUCUUAGGGUCAUGAGGGGUAUGGUUGAAGGUAGGCAUGAAGAUGGAUACAAGAUGUUACCACAAUACAUGGAGGUUUUUAAAGAAAAGAAUCCAGAUUCCCAUUGCUUCAUUAGGUGGCAGGAGAUUGGUCCAGGGAGAAACCCAAUUUUUAAGAGGUGUCAAAUCUGUAUAGGUUCAUCCAUCACAACUUUUAAGAAGUAUUGUAGACCCUUGAUUGGUAUUGAUGCAUGUCAUUUGAAGGGUCCAUAUGAGGGAGUGCUUUUGAUUGCUAUGGCCUUAGAUGGAAACAAUGGUCAAUUUCCCUUGGCAUAUGGUGUUGCUGAUUGUGAAGAUGAAACAGAGUGGUCUUUCUUCCUACAUGGACUAGAUGUGGCACUUGGCUGCACAUCAGAUGCAUCCCCAUACACAAUAAUAUCUGACAGGCACAAGGCAAUAAUUAAAGGACUGAGGAAUACUCUGCCUAAAGCUAAAAGAAGGAUUUGUGUGCUACACUUUUAUAAGAACUUUGCUUCAAAGUUCUCAGGUACAUGAGCCUUUCUUAUUAUAUCUUUGUUCCAAGAGUACAUCACCUAAAUUUCUACACAAUAAUAAAUGGCAGGUGCAUGG